AUGCCAAACCAAGCAAAAGUCGGUCCUGCUCCGGUGGCCAAGGCUGCCACAGAGCGGGCAUCCUCUGUGCCUGGUGGCUCCUCAGACCGGGCAUUCUCCCUGCACAGUGGCCGCUCAGAUCGGAUGCAGCCACAGAGCACUACUCCCUCCAAUCGGAGGCUCUCAGAAUUCCAUAAUGCCUCAGAUCGCAUGGCCUCCCUAUGCAGAGACCCCACAAACCGGGCACAGUCGCUGAAAAUUACUCCCGCAGAUUGGAGGCCCUUGAAACUCCAUGGUGCCUCAGAUCAGAUAUCCAUGCUGAGCACUGUGCGCUCAGAUUAUAUGUCCAUAUGCUCAGAGCAGAAACAAGCGCCUCCUUCUCCUGAAAAGUUGCCAGUAUCCACUAUCAGGAGUAAGAACUUGAAGAAUGGUUACGACAAGAACGACUGGUGCUGUGCAACCUUUGGCAUCCUGUCUAUCUGUGCAGUUCUGGUGUCUCUGGUGAUCCUCAUGGACAUCCAAGUGGUCAAGGUGUCAGAUAUGUUAGAGGAACAGAAGGAUGUGAUGGAGUUACAGAUCCUCGUCCUGACCGAAAUUCUAAAACAGCUACAAAUUGGCAAAGUUCACAGCUGCAGUGUGUGCAAGAUCCGGUGGGUGCAGCGAAUAAACUACUGCUACCUCUUCCGAGACAGGGAAAUGGGCUGGCAUUCGAGCAUGGGCUUCUGCAGAGAUGAGCUUGCCUCUCUGGCCAUCAUCGUCAACGACACAGAACAGAUGAACUUCCUGAGGUAUGAAUCAAGAAAAUAUUUCGACCUGCACCACAACCAGCGCCAACAUUACAAAUUCUGGAUGGGCCUAACAUAUGACAUUGACACGGAGAAGUGGAAGUGGGCAGAUGGAACUCUGUAUGACUCCCUUCUGCAUGGAGAGCUGGAUCCCAAGGGCUGUGGCUACCUCCAAAAUGGAAGACUUUACUCCCAGGAAUGCCAAGAAUUAGCUUACAUCAUUUGCCAGACAGAGGUCCAGUUUGGCUGGAGUUGA